UCUUCUUCGAUAAAUGCCAGCUCACCACCCAUUUCAACUUUUGCAAAACCCAUCAUCAUAUUCAUGCCACAACAACAAGUUUACUGUUUAUUUUAACGAUCAAACCCUAAUUUCAUCCCAUCUUUCUUUAAACGAACAAAUCUUGGGUCAUUCUUCAAUUACCCACAAAAAUUACGCUUCCAAAUUCAUAAAGUUUCAUACUUUCUUAACCGCAACCCCACUUUAUCAACAUGGUGUGGGUUGUUUUACAACGAAUCAUCACACCCACCAAAACCCCCUUUUCCCCCAAUUUCUAGGGUUUUGAAUUUGAAUUGACCCAAUUUUGUUUAGUUUGAUCAGAUCGCAAUUCGGGUGGUUUGCGGUGUGGGUUUUGUGUGAAGUUGAGUAAUUUGUGAUCAAUUUGAUUUAUGGCUUCGAUUCCGGCUGGGCCGAGUUCCGGAUCGAGUUCGAGUUCAGGGUUUCAGUCCCCUUUUGGGGAUACUACUUUUACCAAAGUGUUUGUUGGUGGGCUUGCUUGGGAGACUCAGAGUGAGACUAUGCGUCAGUAUUUUGAGCAGUUUGGAGAGAUUCUUGAAGCUGUUGUGAUCACUGAUAAGAAUACUGGCAGAUCCAAGGGUUAUGGGUUUGUGACUUUUCGUGAUCCCGAAUCAGCUGCGAAAGCGUGUGUGGAUCCAGCUCCGGUUAUUGAUGGUAGACGGGCGAAUUGUAAUUUGGCUUCACUUGGACGCCCUCGUCCAGCAUUUCCUUUCGGACAUGUGACAUCGCGGAUACCUUAUGUUGGAGGUGGGCAAGCUGCUAAUAUGCCUUCUGUUGGAGGUGGGCAAGCUGCUAAUAUGCCUUCUGUUGGAGGUUAUGGCUAUCAACAACCAUUUUUUUACAAUUACCGACAAGGUUUAUUGUAUCCCUCAUUCCCAAAUGGAAUGUAUGGUCCGGAAUACGUCUAUCCACAGGGCGUUUACAACCCGUAUUCAGGUCAACAGUAUCUCCAGAUAUAUGGAGCAGCUAACACACCCGUGUAUCCAUACAAUCAAAUGGGUCAGAUCGCUCCAAGUGGUCACGGAUACCCGGGUUUACCGGGUUACACAUUGCCAAGUCAUCAGAUUGUGCACUUUGGUGGAUCGGGGGUCAAUGCAACCACCACUUCAUCCAUUAGGACAAUUCAAGCAGCAUAUCCAACAGGCAGUGUUGCAGCACCUGUUCAAGGACAACAAUUUGUAAUCCCCGCCCCUUCACAACAGAUUAUGCCAGGUGGCGGUUCUGACCAGAGGGCAGGAUGAACGUCUGAUAACAAUCUGAGUAAAUUUACCUAUGAAUUUUUAGAUUGCAGCAGGACUAAGAACAGCCAUACUGGUACUUGACUAGCGGGCUUCAACUUUAGCCUUGGAAGUUACUCGUUUUGCAUUCUAGAGGUCAUUUUUUUACCAGAGACAUAUCAUGGUAUGGAAAAUCCCAUGAUGUGAAUUGACUCUGUUGCCCCUCUCUCGCUCUACCAGUGCCCGAGGGUCAAAAGAAAUCGCCACCCAAAGCUGGAAUAGGUUUCCGGCAUGCAUUUGCAUCAUCAGCAUUCACCAUUCUUGUUAAAAUAAUUAACAAACAUGUUGUUUUCGGUUUGCAUAUAUACAUUGGUCAAAGUCAACGGUGCUUUGUAUUUAUCCGUGUUCAUGUCUUAUUUUUUCGCUUUUGGUUUGUAUUAAUGACAAAUAGAGCCUGGUUUUCAAAGGGUGAAAGUCCAGGAUCUUGUAAUAUUAGGGGAAAAAAUGAAACAGGAAUUCUGUCAUGUUUGUGUUAUCAUUGCACUUUGAAGUUAAGAUUACAAGUACUAUUUGUAGUGUAAA